AUGCCUAUACCGGGCGCCCGCUUCGACGACGCCCCUCCGCCCCUCCCUCCUCCUCGAUACAAUGAAGACUUGGCUCAAGGAGUAGACGUCGCAUGGAGUUGGGCAAACAGCGAUCCUUUCAACAGCACUCCCAGACGCCUGGCCCCCAUCAAACCGAGUUCGAGCCUGUACGGUGGCUAUCUGUACUCCAGGAGGAAUUCUGCCCGUUCCCGCGAUGAUGAGAUGGACAUGGAUUCCGACUAUCCGCGCAGAGGCAGCGAUGUGUCUACUGUGAAGUCUGCGGGACAAACAGCAGUUCCGAAGGCUGGCCAGAUUCCGACAUUGACCCGGAAGCCACCCUCGCCAGCUACCAGUAUGGCAAAUCAAAGACUACAAGGAGAAACGCCUUUGGCACAACAGAAUUUCAAUCUCUCCUCGCAGGCUUACGACCAGCGGGUCUUGUCCAAAAUUGGAAAACCUAACUCACCACCGCGACCCCCCCGGUUUGGCUCGAGCGAAACCCCAAUGUUUCCUCAGAAGCUGGCGCUGCAAACCAAGAACCCGAAAUCCCAAUCCACGCCAACCAAUGAUCUUCCGUCGGCGACUCUAGAUCCAAUAUCUAGAUGGAUUACCAGUCCAGUGUCAGCAGGUGUGUCCCCCGGGUCGCGGCCUGGUUGGCGUGACUACAAUAUGGAUCACCGAAGUUCUUCCAUGGACAGUGCAGCUGCCUCUCUGGUUCUGGACCCGGAAUUGUUCGUACAGCCUCGACCCAGCGGGUUCUUAUCCACCAGCGGCUCGAUCCAAGGCAACGAAGACACGACCAGCGUGGCCAGUCGGUCUCAACGCAGCAGUUAUGACCAGGGUGUCUUCCCAGAUGGAGAAUCGGACCUGGCUGGCGACGAAUGUGGUGCAUUCCGUCUCUUGAACUGCGGUGACUCGCAACAGCAGACUAGUCGACGAUCUUCCCAGCUGGGCACGAAGCGGCGAGCGCGAUCACCACCAUCAGAUGCAGCCAGAGAGGACAAGUCGCCCUUACAUGGAAACUUGGUAUCAGAGCAAUUCCCGCGAAUGCAAACGGCGCUGUACCGGUUAGAGCAUGGAUCUGUCUCAUCUACAUCGUCAAGCGUGAGGCAGAAUUCGUACGCAUCCUCUGCCGCCAUUUCCGUGGCACGCAGCAGUAUGACCAGUAUCUCUUCCUUCGACAGACAGUCGCCAAUGGAUCCUUACCAGACCACAUACCUGACCUCGAUCCAUACCGUUUCUAGCCCUGCCACAUCUACAGCUCCCUCCAGACCUCACCCGCUUCAGUCUCCUCUCGAAGCCAAAUCUUCCUUCCCAGCCAUGUCUAUUCAGAGCGCCAUCAACGACUCCAGGAUGCCGUUGCCACCUGCCACGCGCAUUGGGAACUACUUCAUCUGCGAUUGCUGUCCUAAGAAGCCAAGGAAGUACGACACAGAGGAAGAAUUGAGAGCACAUCAAAUGGAGAAACAGUACUCAUGUCAAUACUGCCAUAACCGCUUCAAGAAUAAGAAUGAGGCGGAACGCCAUCAGAACUCUCUUCAUCUCCGACGACAAUCUUGGGCGUGCGCCGCCAUCCCGAACUUUCAAGCGGCCUUUUAUCCCUCUGCUUCCCCCUCUGGUAUUGGGCUUGAAGCUCCUUCGAGCGACACGUGCGGCUUCUGUGGAGAAGAGUUUCCCAACAUCCCCCGACCUGAUUGGGACCGCAGGAUUGAUCACCUCACCAAUGUCCACAAAUUUGGCGAAUGCAACCAGGCCAAGAAGUUCUUCAGGGCCGAUCAUUUCAGACAACACCUAAAACAUAGCCAUGCUGGACAAAGCGGGAAGUGGACCAACGUGCUGGAAACCGUGUGUCUGCGAGAAGAAUUCCCCCUUGAGUCUGCCGGUGUCUCCCCAACUGGAAGUACGUCCAGUCCAGGUCGAGGUCCCGGCAUGCCAUCUGAACCACCCAUGGGUGGGGCCACAAUCAACGAAGCGCAGGAUGAGACGUGA